AUGUUUCCUCGAGACCCUCUCUCAAAUUAUUCAAUUCUUCUUCUCAUUUCCGCGAACGGCUCAUUCAGUCCGGCGAGCUCGGCGAAAUAUAGCGAUGCGAAUUGUGAGAAAUGGGAUCGACGCCUUAAUGCUGAAAAAUGUCGAGCCGGAUGGUCGUCCUUUAUGCGGAAUAACGUGAAGCAUUGCGUUCAGGUGUUCCCGAACGCUGUGAGCAUCGUCGACGCCAAAAAAUGCUGCGCCCAAUAUGGAAGUGGUGGAGUUUUGGCGGGAUUUCAAGAUGAGACUGAAAGAAAUCGAGUCAUCGGCUAG